AUGUCGGUCCUAAAACUCUUGAUUCCCAUGUCGGAUUAUGGUCAUGAUCCCACAGAAACUGCAAUCCCACAUCACACCUUCAAAACCGCAGGUUUCAGCGUGUAUUUCGCGACGGAACACGGUGCGAGCCCUGCAUGCGAUAUCAAAAUGCUCGAGGGAAUAACGCAAAAAUUACUCGGUGCUACACAAGCCACCAUUUCUCUCUACAAAGAGAUGUCCCAAACGGAAGAAUUUACAUCGCCUCUUUCAUGGUCUUCAGAUUCAUUUUCCCUCCAGCCUUAUGAUUUGGUGUUUCUUCCUGGUGGUCAUGACAAAGGUGUGAGACAGUUAAUCGAUUCGAAUAUUAUGCACAAACAUCUUGUUGGGUAUUGGAAGGACGUAAAGAAACCUGGCAAGAAAUGCAUAGGGGCUGUUUGUCAUGGGGUUAUGUUAUUAAGUGAGAGUAUGAUGGAGGGGAACGAUGGAGAGGAAAUGAAAAGUAUUAUUCAUGAUUGUGAUACAACGGCCCUACCGGGCAUGUUUGAGGGAAUGGCAUAUUGGAGUACGAGAUGGGUGUUGGGUGAUUAUUAUAAAACGUAUGGAGCGGGAAGUGAGAAUGUGGAGGCGUCGGUUAGGAAGAGGUUGGAUGAUCCUGAGAGCUAG